AUGUCAAAAUACUUGAAGGCCUAUUUACAGGUGCUUCGAUUAAAUAAGAGGAAGAGCGGUCUGCCGGUGAAUCUGAAAUUUUUAAAUUUCCCCCGAGAGAAUUUGGUGCCAAAGCCACUAAGGGAGAAUAAUAGGGUUAGGAAGAUAGAUUUGGCAGAAUGUUUUUGUCUAAGUGUGGGUGAUUUGGUGCAAGUUUUACAUGGACAAGACAUGGGUAAGCAAGGAGUGGUGCUUGAGAUAAAUCGGAGAAAGAAUACUGUUGUCGUGGAUGGAUGUAAUAUGAGACAAGUCUUUUGGCAUCCAAAAUAUGGCGAAGUAGGGAUUCCGUCGUUAUAUACACAAGAAGUACCAAUUCACAUUACAAAUGUGGCCCUGGUUGAUCCUGUACUAAAAAAACCUACAGUUGUUAAGAAGCGUCACAUGAUGGACGGCCAGAUAGUUAGAAUUUCCAAGAUUAGCGGAUGUGCUAUACCAGAACCAAUAGACGCAAAAUUGUUGAAAAGACCCAGGCAUUUCAAUGAUUUUUUACACAAAAAAAUUAAUCCACCUAUGAAAGAAAUUUAUGCACAAAAGGAUCCAGUCAGUUUUGCAAUACUUGAAUCACUAGCUAAUGAAAUAAUUGCAAGACAAUCAGACAAAAUAACAGCCGCCAGUGAUAACAACAUUAUUAAUAGCACUAGCGUUGUUAGUAAUGAUUAG